AUCAGAUGACAAAUGAGGGGGGAGAUGUGACUGAUACUAAAGUGGAGGAUGAAGAAGAGCGGAUGAUGGGCGAUCCCCCGUGUAAGAGUGAGGUGGAGGAGGACAGUCCAGUCCAUGUGACCACAGAAAACCACAGUAAGAAGCCUGAUGGAAACGUCCUUUUAUCGCUAGAUUAUAAAGAAGAAGAUCAGGAUAUCAUGCAGCACUCUUCAGGAGAAAACCACGUUACUAUGAUUGUAUAUCCCUUACUUCUCAUCACAGGUCUAUCAAAUAAUCCUCCUAAUAAUGAGGAACCUUCUGGCCAAUCACAGAUUGUUACUGCGAGUCCAGAUCUAUCAAGUAACCAACCUCAUUAUGAGAAAUCUUUUCCUGACCAAUCACAGAUUGUUACCCCAAGUCCAGAUCUAUCAUAUAAUCCUAAUCAAGAGCAACCUUCUCUUGAUGAAUCAAGGAUUGCUACAUCAAGUACUGGGCAAAAAGGGGGUAAAAAGUUUCAUUGUGGGGAAUGUGGAAAACAGUUCAGAUAUAUGUCCGAUCUCUCUGUACACAGAAGAAGUCACACAGGAGAGAAGCCAUAUUCAUGUUCAGAAUGUGGGAAAUGUUUUACACAGAAAGCGAGCCUUGAUCAACAUAAGAGAAUUCACACAGGAGAGAAGCCGCAUUUAUGUUCAGAAUGUGGGAGAUCUUUUUCAUAUAUUUCAAAUCUUGUGAAACAUCAGAGAAUUCACACAGGAGAUAAGCCGUAUUCAUGUUCAGAAUGUGGGAAAUGUUUUAUAGUAAAAGCCAAACUCCAUUAUCAUCAGAGAAUUCACACUGGAGAAAAGCCAUAUUCCUGUUCACAGUGUAAGAAAUGUUUUAGAUAUAAAUCAGAUUGCGUUACACAUGAGAAAAUUCACACAGAAGAAAGGUCAUUCUCAUGCUCAGAAUGUGAGAAAUGCUUUAUAAGUAAAUCAGUUCUCCUUAAACAUGAGAGAAUUCACAAAGAGAAGUUAUAUUCAUGUUCAGAAUGUGGGAAAUGUUUUACAUUUAAAUCAAAUCUCGUUACACAUGAGAGGAUACAUACGGGAGAGAAGCCAUUUUCAUGUUCACAGUGUGGGAAAUGUUUUAACAAGAAAUCAAAUCUUGUUAAACAUGAGCGAAAUCACAUAUGAGAGAAGCCAUAUUCAUGUCCAGAAUGGAAAAUGUUUGUGGAAAAUCAGUUUUUUCAGAUUGUGGGAAAUGAUUUGCAUGGUAGGUUUUAAAACAUGAGCAAAUUCACACAGGAUAGAAGCUGAAUUCAUGUUCAGAAUGUGUAAAACGACUUGACAAGAAUUCAAGUCUUGUUCUACAUCAGAGAAUUCACAAAGAAGAGAAGACAUUUAGAUUUUUUUUGUAUACCAAUAAUGUUUC